CUCCUCUCAUCCUCCUCUCCUCCCCCAGUCUCUUCCUCCCGCCCUCCAACCCGUCCCCGUGUCCCAGUAAAGCGCUUUGAGCUCCGGGACUCGUCCUAGUAGCCUUACGCCGUCAGAUGGAAACAUGGCGACAGAGUUCCAUAACCUCCAAGAGUUGAGGCACAGUGCAUCUCUGGCCAACAAGGUGUUCCUGCAGAGAGACUACAGUGAAGGGACCACCUGCCGCUUCCAGACCAAGUUCCCUUCUGAGCUGGAGAGCAGGAUUGAGCGGCCGUUGUUUGAGGACACAGUGAAGAGGUUGAAUAUUUACUAUGCGGAGGCAGAGAAGAUGGGAGGCCAGUCCUACCUGGAGGGAUGUCUGGCCUGCGCUACAGCCUACCUCAUCUUCCUCUGUAUGGAGACACGCUAUGAGAAGGUGUUGAAGAAGAUAGGCAGGUACAUCCAGGAGCAGAAUGAGAAGAUCUACGCCCCCCGAGGUCUACUCAUCACUGACCCCAUCGAGAGGGGCAUGAGGGUCAUAGAGAUCUCUAUCUAUGAGGACCGAGGCUCCAGUGGCUCCUGCUCAGGCUCCAGCUCUACGUCCGGCAGCAGUGCUCGGUGACCGGGUACAUGUCACCUCCUCACCCCCCCCCCGGUCCCUGGAACACUACACCCAACCGCGGUGUUCGGUGACUGGCUCCACGGCACCUCUACCCCCCUGAUCCCUGGAGCUCUACAACCCUGGUCCCUUAGAGAACCACCCCAACAGCAGUGCUUGGUGGACUGGGUAUGCCUCACCUACCGCAACCACAAUGGCCCUGACCGUAACAAACUUGAGCUAACCGACCGAACACUCGAUCGCAACUGAACCACAUGGACCGGAGCAGAUCAAGCCGAAUCUAUCAACGUUGGGAAUACUGAUGAUAUAAAAUAGCAUUUUGAUUACGUCCCAAAUGGCAACUUUUUUUGUCCCUGGUAAAAAAAAAAGAAAAAAAAGACACUAUAUUGGGAAUAGGGAGCCAUUUGGGACACAAGUCCUCCUAUAGUGCACUAGUUUGGGGCGCUGGUUAAAAGUAGUGCACUGUAUGGAGGAUAGUAGUGUACAAGAUAGGGAAUAGGGUGUCAGUUGACAUGGAACCGUGAUGGACUACUACACACCUACCUGCCUGCCUGUAUUCAUUAGUGCACAUCGUAGUAAAACGUUUUAACCAGGGAAAACAGUUCUUAUUGGACAAGUUUCAGGUAGUCCCUCUACUGUUUCAGUUUGUUUUCUGCCGUUUGGUGUCUUGUGAAUAGGCCUAGUAGCAAACAGAUGAAUGUAGCUAGUUCCAUCCAGAGACAUAUUUUAGCCUCUAUAAAUGGCUCUGGUACCAUCCACUGGUCAGUGUCAUAAUGCAGCUUGGCAUCAAACACUCCACAACCCAGCUAACCUCUUGUCUUCAGUGCUGAACCACCAGCUCUCCUAGAUCAUGAUUAUGCAAAUACACAGCUACCUGUAUAGACUAUGUAGCAUCCUUUAACAUAGUGUUCUUCAAUCCUGGUCUUUUAGUGCUGGUCUGGAACAAAAGCUUGCACCAGGACCCUGUAAAAUAAAGUAAUGAACAAUUCUUCCUGCACGCGCACAAACACUCCUUCCUUUUUUGCUACACAAACCCUCCUCCAAAGAACCAUAAACUGCCAAAAUGUAAUUAUUUCCUGAUGUGAAGUGUCUGCCUUUUUAUUUUAAUCUGGGACAUGUUUAUGCAAAAGUAGAGAACUAGAACCUUCAUAAUGCUUGUUGUUUGAUACUCAUGAUCAGAAGAACUUUAAUAAAUAACUACUGCUCUUCCA